UCUCAGCCCCAUGGCCUCAGCUCUGCUUUCUCUUUCCCCACAGCUGACAGUGUGACCCCAAGUGCCGCCGAAGGACUGGGACAUCCCCAACCCAACAGCGGUCUGCGGUGCUCAGAGCAAACCCAUGAGGAAGGUGUGAGCCGGACCCCCACCCUCCGCCACCUCCUGGGGAGUGCGCAAUGGACGCCGCGGCUGUGCGGAGCCAGGAUGCCCCGCUGACGGUCAAUGAGCAGGUCAUCGUCAUGUCCGGCCAUGAAACCAUCCGUGUGCUAGAGGUCGGUGUGGACGCCGCACCUCAUGCCGAGGAGGAGCGCAGAGCAGCGGCGGCGCCACCACCAGGGAGCGACCUGCAGGAAUCGCCGGCACGGAGCGGCGAUGCGGGCACCGAGGAUGGGCAGCCCAGCGCCGAAACGCAGCGCGGCACAGAGACGGCAGGCAAAGCCAAGCCUCCAACCGGAGUCCCCGCCGGCACAACGGGCACCCUGAGCCCCUCCAGCAGCCAACAGCCACAGCCCCUGGCCCCGCUGGCCGUGCAAACAGCCCCGCAGGUCUUGACUCAGGAAAACUUAGCAACAGUUGUGACAGGAGUAAUGGUUCCGGCAGGGACAGUUACUCAACCUCUUCUUAUCCCCAUCAGUAUUGCAGGUCAAGUGGCAGGUCAGCAGGGGCUGGCUGUGUGGACAUUUCCUACAGCAACGGUCGCUGCCCUUCCCGGACUGACGGCUGCUUCUCCUACAGGGGGAAUUUUCAAACCGCCUAUAGCCAAUCUGCAAGCCGCCGCCGCCGUCCUCAACACGGCCAUCCCGGCCCCGCGGCCCCCCGCGCCGCCCCCGCCCCCCCCCGGAGCCGGAGCUCGGACCCCCCCCCGCCCCCCCCCCAUCCUACCGCAACCCAACGCCGCUCCCGCAGCGAAACCGCUGGAGACGCAGCCCCAGAUCGCGGUGCAGCCAGCCGGAUUCGCCUUUAACCCGGGCAUAAUCGGUGCCGCUUCCCUAGGGGGUCAGACGCAGCUCCUCGGUUCUCUGGCGGCCGCCCCCGUGAUCGCCAACACCAUCCCCAGCGUGCAGAGCAUCGCGGGGCAGCUCCUGACCAACGCGCAGGGACAGGUGAUCGGGACCCUCCCCUGGGUCGUGAACCCCCCUGGCAUCGCGACAGCCAGCCCGGCUCCCACCCCCAGCCUGCAGGUGCAGGCGGUGACCCCGCAGCUGCUGCUCAAUGCCCAGGGCCAAGUGAUCGCCACGUUGGCCAGUGGAACCAUCCAGGCGGCCGCAGGCAAAAAGAGCAGCCCCCCCGAGACCCCCAGCAAGAGUGAGGUGCAGCCCAUCCAGCCGGCCCCAGCUCUGUCCCAGCCAGCUGUGGUCAUCGCCAGCCCAGCCCCAGCAGCCAAGGCGACCCCGGCCCCCAUCCCCAUCACCUGCUCGGAGACCCCCACCGUCAGCCAGCUGGUGUCCAAACCCGUGGCGCCCAACAGCAGCGCCGAGGAGGACGGCAUCAACCUGGAGGAGAUCCGGGAGUUUGCCAAGAACUUCAAGAUCCGGCGUCUGUCCCUGGGGCUGACGCAGACACAGGUGGGGCAGGCGCUGACGGCCACCGAGGGACCGGCGUACAGCCAGUCUGCCAUCUGCAGGUUCGAGAAGCUCGACAUCACCCCCAAAAGCGCUCAGAAGCUGAAGCCGGUGCUGGAGAAAUGGCUGAGCGAGGCGGAGCUGCGCAACCAGGAGGGGCAGCAGAACCUGAUGGAGUUUGUCGGCGGGGAGCCUUCCAAGAAACGCAAGCGCCGCACGUCCUUCACACCGCAGGCCAUCGAGGCGCUCAACGCCUACUUUGAGAAGAACGCUCUGCCCACGGGCCAGGAGAUCACCGAGAUCGCCAAGGAGCUCAACUACGACCGCGAGGUGGUCCGCGUGUGGUUCUGCAACCGCCGCCAGACGCUGAAGAACACGAGCAAGCUCAACGUCUUUCAGAUCCCCUAAGGAUGGGGGUCCCUCCUCCGACCACCCC